UGGAGUACCGAGUGUAGCCCGAUUCCCUGCUAUCUCCGGUUCUCCCAGAUUUCCAACAAAUCUCUAGUCUGUGGAAUAGUGUCGAUGGUGCACUUUGAAUAUCUGGCUGCCAAACUCGCCCACGUAUGUUUGGAUUUUUUUUUAGAGUCUUCUGAUAUGAGGUGUUUACUUCACACAGCCGCGCUGACAACUGCUGAACUGUGAAAGUAUCGCAACAGUUAACAACCGUUAGCUUUACUGUUGAACGUUUGAAUUUCCCAGGAUAUAGCCCGCUGUGUUCACACAACGCUGCCGGCGUCCGGGACGGGAUAUUUCUUCGCCGUAUUUGUGAAAUUAAAUUCACGCUCUUCCAGUUCAGCGUUAGUAGGUGAAAGGUGACGUCGCUCUAGUUCGCCGUUGGUCCGUAGAAUGCGCAAUGUGGCGAGUGCAUCAGUUUCUGUGGGUCUGCUGCGUCUCCUCGGGGUGUCCUGGUCCUGGAGCUUGGCAGCAGGCCUCGGGGUCUACCUGGGAACAAGGAGUUGGAAAUACUUCUACGUAGCAGCGCGCACUGCCAAGAGAGACCUCAAUGGCCUCUAUGUGCUCUUGCGAGUGAAGCUGUCAUUGUGGCGCUACAUGCGUCGUGGGAGCAACAUUCCUUCUAUCUUUGCCCAGACGGUCAAACUCCACCCAAACAAACCAGCCCUGAUCUACGAGGCCACAGGGGAGACAUGGACCUUUACCCAGCUCGACCAGCUGUCUAACGCUGUGGCUCAGUGGGCACAGGAUCAGGGAUGGACCUCAGGGGAUGUGGUGGCGCUCUUUAUGGAAAGCAGGCCAUUGCAGGUGGCCCUCUGGCUGGGGCUGGCCAAGGUUGGGGUAGAGGCUGCCCUCAUCAACUUCAACCUCCGCCGUGAUUCACUCCUGCACUGCAUUGGGGUGUCGGCAUCACGGGGGAUUGUGUUUGGAGAAGAGCUUGCACAUGCUAUGUUGGAGAUAGCCUCCUCCCUGAGCCAGUCUAUGGCACGGUUUUGUACGGGGGAACUCAGUGCAGAACAUCUGGCCACACUGGGUGCUCGACCUCUGGACCCCAUUCUAGCCUCUGCGUCAAGACUCCCCCCUACCCCCUGCUCUCCCCCCAAAGGGUUCAAUGAUCGCCUUUUUUAUAUUUACACUUCUGGCACCACAGGACUGCCCAAGGCCGCCAUUGUGGUACACAGUCGUUAUUACCGAAUUGCUGCUUUUGGAUACUAUGCCUUCCGCAUGCAUCCUGAUGACAUUAUCUAUGACUGCCUGCCCCUCUACCACUCAGCAGGUAAUAUCAUGGGGGUUGGACAGUGUCUGAUUCAUGGCCUCACGGUGGUAGUGAAAAAGAAAUUCUCUGCUAGCCGUUUCUGGGAAGACUGCACCAAGUACAACUGUACUGUUGUGCAGUACAUUGGGGAAAUAUGUCGCUACCUCCUGUCCCAGCCGGUGCGCCCGUCAGAGAGGGCCCACCGGGUGCGCCUGGCAGUAGGGAACGGGUUGCGCCCCAGCGUGUGGGAGGCCUUCACAGAGCGCUUUGGGGUGGCCCAGAUCGGCGAGUUCUACGGAGCAACUGAGUGUAACUGCAGCAUUGCCAACAUGGAUGGAAAGGUGGGGGCCUGUGGAUUUAACAGCCGCAUCCUCCCCAAUGUGUAUCCCAUACGUCUGGUGAAGGUUGACGAAGAGACCAUGGAGCUGGUUCGAGACAGCCAAGGCCUCUGUGUGCCUUGUCGCCCCGGGGAAUCGGGGCUGCUAGUGGGUCGCAUCAACCAGCAGGACCCGUUACGACGCUUUGAUGGCUACGCAAGCCAGGAUGCCACAAGGAAGAAGAUAGCCCACAACGUCUUCAAGAAAAAUGACUCUGCUUAUUUAUCAGGAGAUGUCCUCGUCAUGGACGAGCUGGGCUACAUGUACUUCCGAGACCGUAGCGGGGACACCUUCCGCUGGCGUGGCGAAAACGUCUCCACCACAGAGGUGGAAGGCACCCUGAGCAGCCUCUUGGACCAGACAGACGUGGCUGUCUACGGUGUGGCAGUGCCAGGUGUUGAAGGGAAGGCAGGCAUGGCAGCCAUCACAGACACUACAGGGACUUUUGACUGUAAUACUUUCUUGCAGGAAGUUCAGCAAGCCCUGCCCCCAUAUGCCCGUCCCGUGUUUGUACGAAUCUGCCCACAAGUAGACACCACAGGGACCUUUAAAAUCCAGAAAACCAGGCUGCAGAGGGAGGGGUAUGACCCACGCCUCACAACUGACCAGAUCUACUUUUUAAACCCCAGAACAGGGCGCUAUGAGGCUGUAAAUGAGGAGCUUUACAGUGCCGUAGUGGAGGGAAGAAUGUCUCUAUGAGAUGGU